UAGUUUUAGAUACAUUUAUUUUUAUGCAUUUCUUCGACAAAUAUUUUCGGACGGAGAAAGUAGCAUAGAAGAGUAGCAUCAGUAUUAUAUUUUGGAGUGGCCACAAACUGAGUACUGGUAGUAGUACUGUACCAAUAUAUGCAUGCAACAAACCACCCACUGCAUCAAUCAACCGCUCGGUUCUGUCCAGAUUCGUUGGCUGCUUCACGUUGAUUGAACUACGGAGCUCUCGCCCUUACUUAAAGUGGAUCAUCAUUCAGGUUCUCCGGCUGACCAAUCUCCCACGUUAAGCCGCUCCAGCUUUCCAUUCUCCACGUAAUCAGACCUCUCCCAGCUCAACAAGAGAAUCAUUCAUUCAUUCAUCCAGAAACACAAAUUAGUCCGACAUAUCCGAUCCCCAAUCAUAUGCAACGGACAUACAAACACAGCUCAUGCUGCUCUCGAUCUGCUGCCAAGGAUCCCCCACACCCCAUAUACGCGUCCAUCAUCCUGUCCCCUUCUCCACCCCACUCGAUCGUGUGCCGUCCGCGUCCAAGCAGCUGCGACUGCCCGCUCUAUCAUCAUCGUCUCAUCAUGGAGCUGAUGAGUUAAGACUGCGCAGCUAACCGGGAGUCGACUUGGCCAAGAAGCUUUCUCAUCCUCCUCUUUGAUGGAAGCCGGCCGGAGCCCGAACCCAAGGCGGCAAUGCUGAGGCGGCGCGACGCGGGUGAAGCUGUUGCUGCUGUCGAGGAGGUGACGACGAGGCCCAAGAUCCGCAAGCGGUGCGCGCUGUCAUCAUCGUCCGGCGCGUCGGGGACACUGAGGAGGCUGAGGCUGAGGCGAGGCGUUGUGUCGCUCCAUCGGAGGGGAUCAGGCGGCGUCGCUUCGCCGUUGCCGACCAGCUGGAAGAUGUCCGAGUCGUCGUGGAGCCGGGCGUGCCGCGCCGACGGGAUGCACUCGUCGGUGUCCGCCCGGAAGCUCGUCAGCGCUCUCUGGCAGAUGAACGAGGGCGGCUUGCUCGAGGAGGAGGAGGAGGCCCGGAUCGCCAGGGACGCGGCUGCGCGCCGGGGCUCCGCGGCGGCGCACCGGCGCAGCGCGUCGUCCGUGGAGAUCUCCAAGAGGUCAAGAACGAGGAGCAAGGUGGUUUCGGAGGCUGAUCAUGGGCGCCAUUGGUUUUCAGAUAAGCUGAGCAAUGCCGGCACAACCGGGAUGCAAGCAUGCGCUCAAGACUCGAGCUCCACGUGUUCAGCGGACAGAAUGGCACACCUGCAAGACAUGUACAACAGCCUGACAGCGUGCAAGGAGCUCGUCAGAGUCCUCGGCAACAUCUGGGGGCCGGGAGACCUGAGCCCGUCCACGGCGUCGCUCCUCUCCGCUCUGCGCUCCGAGCUCGACCUGGCGCGCGCCCACGCGCGGCAGCUCGCCAGAGAGCGGAGCCACCGCGGCAGCGAGACGGUGGAGCUCAUGAAGAAGCGGCUGGAGGCCGAGGCGCGCGCGUGGAAGAGCAAGCAGAGGGAGAAGGUGGCGGCCACCGUGCGGGUCGUGUGCGACGAGCUCGACGGCGAGAGGCGGUCGAGGCGGAGGGCGGAGCGGGUGAGCGCCAAGCUCGGGAGCGCGCUGGCCGAGGCGGAGCGGGAGCUCGAGAGGGAGCGGAGGUCGAGGGAGCGGCUCGAGAAGGUGUGCGACGAGCUCGUGAGGGGCGGCGAGGUGGAGGAGGAGGUGAGGCGGGAGGCCGAGGAGGCGCAGGCGGAGGUCGACCGGGAGCGGGAGAUGCUGCGGCUCGCCGACGAGCUCCGGGAGGAGCGGGUCCAGAUGAAGCUGCUCGAGGCGCGGCUCCAGUUCGAGGAGAAGAACGCCGUCGUCGAGCAGCUCCGCGGCGAGCUGGAGGCCUUCCUGGAGACCAAGAAGCAGGGCCUCCUCGAACUGGAAUCACCUGCCGCCGCUGAUGAAGAACGCCAAGCUACUCACGACGAUGAUGAUCACCAUGGAUUCUUCGAAGCUGAAGGUGGCAAUGGAGUUGCUCGUGUGGAUGUCAACAAGAGGACGGACGUAGACGACGACGGUGGAGGAUCCGGUGAUGAUUCAGACGGCAGCGACAUGCACUCCAUCGAGCUGAACAUGGACGGUGGCAGAAACAAGGACUAUGGCGGCUGGAGCUACACCACCGCUUUCAAGGAGAUGAUGACAACGACGGCCAAGAAGGCGGCGUCUGCGGACAGCAGGGGAACGGGGUGCGCCGAUCUGUGGGCCGGCGACCGGAGAUCGCUGGAGGAACCGGAAGGAGGCCAGCGGUGGGACGACGACGAAGGGCGCAGCGACGUCGACGAGGAGGACUCGGAGAGGUACCAGGCCAUCAAGAACCUCAGGGAGCAGAUGCUCGCCGGCCAUGGGUUGGGUUCCAUUUUCCUGUCGGGAGCAUAUGAAGGAAAUUAUACGGCCUGAAAAUGGAUCGAUCGCCGCUCCCUUCUCCCUUGAAACUGUGUGUGCAUAGCUUGUGGGUUCAGUGUUCCUGGACGACCAUUCUUUUUAAAGGUGGACGACCAUUCUUUCAUAGGAAUGUCAUUCUGUUUCUGUACAUAAAACUUCUUUUUCUUCCAAACGAGAUCUUCCUGCAAGGCCAUCUCGACCUUUCUUCCGAUAAA